AAUUUGUCUGAUCUUGAUAGCCACCAAAUUAGCCCAAGCCCAGAAGUUCAAUGAUCCCAAAGAUCCAUGUAAGGUGCUUGUGGCUACUGAUGCCAUAGGAAUGGGGAUUAACCUGAAAAUCAGAAGAAUGAUUUUCCUCCAAGCUGAAAAGUUGAAUAGAAAUGAGCAUGGUGAAUUAAUUAUGUCAAGAAUCAGCACACCACAAGCAAAGCAGAUAGCUGGACGUGCAGGGCGAUAUAGAAGUGGACAGGAGGUGGGGCUAGUUACAGCAUAUGGUGAGAAGACAUUGGAGCAAAUCAAAACAAUUAUCAAAGAGGAUGUGGAAGACAUCAAAGCAGCAGGUCUUUUACCAACUGUAGAACAACUGGAACAGUUCUAUUUCUAUCUCCCAAGCUUUAAGCUUCCAGAUAUUCUG